GUUUGAGCCCCAACCAGCGGUGGAUCCGCGAUUGACACACGGUUUGUUGAGCAGUAUCAAAUUUACAGAGUAUUCGCCAGUCUGUUGGUAUGCUGUUAUUUUUGUAUUGUUCCCCGAUAUCGUCGUCACAGCCAGCAUCCCAUCCUCUCCCUCCAUCUUUCUUCUUCUUCUUCUCUCCUGUCCAUCUUUUUUCUCUCUCCCACCCCCCUGACCAUCCUCCUUUCUCUCUUCUCUUCUUCUUCUUUUUAGUAUCAGGGAAAAACCCCCCAUCUUUCAUCUUUUGUUUUCAUCUUUUUACAUCUAUCUACCUACCCACUUAAUAUAAUCCUCAGCCAUCAUGCCCGAGUCUGCUCCUCUGGCCAGCACUGCCAAUGGCUUGCAGUCGGCCAACGACAAUAUCACCCGUUUCAGCCCCCCCAGCCGUGUGCUCUCUCCCCUCUCUCACACCCUCUUCCACAACAAGACACGAUGCUUCGUAUAUGGUAUGCAGCCCAAGGCCGUCCAGGGUAUGCUAGACUUUGACUUCAUCUGCAAGCGGAGCACCCCCUCCGUCGCCGGUAUCAUCUACACCUUCGGUGGCCAGUUCGUCAGCAAGAUGUACUGGGGUACCAGCGAGACCCUCCUUCCCGUUUACCAGGACGUCACCAAGGCCAUCGCCAAGCACUCCGACGUCGACACCGUCGUCAACUUCGCUUCUUCCCGUUCCGUCUACAGCUCUACCAUGGAAUUGAUGAACUGCCCCCAGAUCAAGUCCAUUGCUAUCAUUGCAGAGGGUGUUCCUGAGCGUCGUGCUCGUGAAAUCCUUGUCACCGCCAAGGAGAAGGGCAUCACCAUCAUUGGCCCCGCUACCGUCGGUGGUAUCAAGCCCGGUGCCUACAAGAUCGGUAACACUGGUGGUAUGAUGGACAACAUUGUUGCCUCCAAGCUCUACCGCAAGGGUUCCGUUGGCUACGUCUCCAAGUCUGGUGGUAUGUCCAACGAGUUGAACAACAUCGUCUCCCAGAACACCGACGGUGUCUACGAGGGUGUGGCCAUCGGAGGUGACCGUUACCCCGGUACCACUUUCAUCGACCACCUACUCCGCUUCCAGAACGAGCCUGAGUGCAAGGUCCUCUUGCUGCUCGGUGAAGUCGGUGGUGUCGAGGAAUAUCGUGUCAUUGAGGCCGUCAAGAACGGUACCAUCACCAAGCCCAUCGUUGCUUGGGCCAUUGGUACUUGCGCUGGCAUGUUCAAGACCGAGGUCCAGUUCGGUCACGCUGGUGCCUCCGCCAACUCUGACCUGGAGACCGCCAUUGCCAAGAACAAGGCCAUGCGUGAAGCUGGCAUUCACGUUCCCGACACCUUCGAGGACAUGCCUGAGUUGUUGAGCAAGGUCUACAAGGACUUGGUCGCCAGCGGCACCAUCAAGCCCCAGACCGAGCCCAUCGUCCCCAAGAUCCCCAUUGACUACUCGUGGGCCCAGGAGCUGGGUCUCGUCCGUAAGCCCGCUGCCUUCAUCUCCACCAUCUCCGACGACCGUGGCCAGGAGCUCCUCUACGCCGGUAUGCCCAUCUCCGAUGUCUUCAAGGAGGACAUUGGUAUCGGUGGUGUCAUGUCGCUUCUGUGGUUCCGCCGCCGCCUCCCUGCCUACGCCGGCAAGUUCUUGGAGAUGGUUCUCAUGCUUACUGCCGACCACGGUCCCGCUGUCUCUGGUGCCAUGAACACCAUCAUCACCACUCGUGCCGGCAAGGACCUCAUCUCCGCUCUCGUCUCCGGUCUGCUGACCAUUGGUUCUCGUUUCGGUGGUGCCCUGGACGGUGCUGCUGAGGAGUUCACCAAGGCCUUUGACAAGGGCAUGAGCCCUCGUGACUUUGUCGACACCAUGAGAAAGGAGAACAAGCUCAUCCCCGGUAUCGGCCACCGUGUCAAGUCCCGCAACAACCCUGACCUCCGUGUUGAGCUGGUCAAGGAGUUUGUCAAGAAGAACUUCCCCAGCACCAAGCUGCUCGACUACGCCAUUGCUGUCGAGACUGUCACCACCUCCAAGAAGGACAACCUCAUCCUGAACGUUGACGGUUGCGUUGCUGUCUGCUUCGUCGACCUCAUGCGCAACUGCGGUGCCUUCUCUGGCGAGGAGGUUGAGGACUACAUGAAGAUGGGUGUCCUCAACGGUCUCUUCGUCCUGGGCCGUAGCAUCGGUCUGAUUGCCCACUACCUCGACCAGAAGCGUCUCCGCACUGGUCUGUACCGUCACCCUUGGGAUGACAUCACCUACCUCCUGCCCAGCUUGCAGAAGGGUGGUGCCGAGGGCCGUGUCGAGGUCAGCAUUUAAUUUCGUUUUACGUGAUAUCUCCUUGUUUUCGUCUUUGUUUGGGCAGCGACCCGGGAUAUCCUGGGAUAAUGUGCCGAAAAUUUCUUCUGUGUAUCGACAUUGGAGUUCUGAUGGUUUCUUUUCAUUUCUUUGCAUGGUUUAUAUCAUCGUAUCUGUUUUAUACUCUAGUGCGCACAUGUGGCAUGACAAAUAAUCAUGAAUUUAGAUGGAUUCCAGACUUUUGACUGUAGAAAUUCGAAUGUAGAAGUGUUGAAUCCUAGGGGGAAAUGCUAUGCGUCGUCUUAUAGAUCC